UGCCUUUUAUUUUCGUAUUGUCUUACAUCACUUCUAAUCGGCAAGCGGAUUCGUUUCCUUUUAAUAACUGCAUAAUUUCCUACAAUACUUGAGUAGAAGACGCUCAACACUACCACUACUUCCAAACCACACCAUAGCCAUCAAAAUGGGUCUGGGACGAUUCAUCCACCAUAUCGGUGCCUUUUUUCUCUUGGCAGCAACAGUCAUGCUCAUUGUCGUGAGCAUUACAGCUCCUGUUGUCAAUGACAUAGCCCUCCUCAAGGUCAACUUGAACGGCAACUCUCGAGGAGGAAAUGGGGUAAAUUUUGGAACUUUUGGGUAUUGUGUCACAAGAAGCAGCGGGAGUUGUACAAGCGCUCGCAUUGGCUACGACCCUUCCAAUGCUGUCGCCGGCACCAACUUCUCCAAUGCUGGCUCAGACACUGCAAAGGCCCUAACCUAUGUCAUGGUCCUGCAUCCUAUUGGUGCUGGGCUUUGCUUCAUUGCCUUCCUUCUGGCUCUCGGUGCCGGCAUUUUUGGCUCCCUCAUGUCUACGCUUGUUUCACUCCUGGCCUUCUUCGUUACUAUCAUUGCCCUGGCUUGUGACUUCGCUGGAUUUUCCAUUGUCAGACGACGUAUCAACCGAGACACCUCUGCCAGUGCUCGCUGGUCUGUCGGUAUCUGGCUCGUCCUCGCCGCAGCUAUUCUCUGUCUUAUUGGCACUAUCGCCGUCUUCGUCACCUGCUGUUCUGGCCGCCGCCGCCGCAACCGCGAGAACAAGAAGAUGGCAGCCUACAACUCUUCUCCCACCCGCUACUAAUUAAUCAAUUUACGUUUCGAUAGUGUUUGUCGUGAUCAACCACUUACCGCCAAUCAGAAGAAGGGGUGUAAUAACGAGAUUUGGA